AUCGGAGGAGGUCGAGAAGAAGAAGAAGAAGGAGGAAGAAGGAAGAAGAAGACAAAACAAAACAAAACAAAGCUCGGUGGCCAAAAUGUUGCACAAAAUUAUUAAUUUAACCGUGAGGGAUGUGAGAUUCCCGACCUCUUUACAGCAGCACGGUUCCGAUGCGAUGCACAGCGACCCUGAUUAUUCAGCCGCUUAUGUGGUCAUCGACACGGACCUCGGACUGAAAGGCUUCGGCCUCACGUUUACUUUAGGAAAAGGCACAGAGAUUGUGGUGUGUGCUGUGGAAGCCCUCGCAGGACUGGUUAUUGGGAAACCUUUGCAGGAGAUCGUGAGUGACUUCCGUGGGUUUUACCGCCUCCUGACCAGUGAUAGCCAGAUGAGAUGGUUAGGCCCAGAGAAAGGAGUGAUCCACUUGGCCACUGCUGCGGUCCUGAAUGCCGUGUGGGACCUCUGGGCCAGGGCGGAGGGAAAGCCACUGUGGAAGCUGCUCGUGGACAUGGACCCAAAGCAGAUCGUCUCCUGCAUUGACUUCAGAUACAUCACUGAUGUGCUCACAGAGGAGGAAGCUCUGGAUAUACUUGUGAAAGCACAGGAGGGGAGGCAACAGAGAGAGAAUCAGAUGCUGAAGGAGGGUUAUCCUGCAUACACCACUUCCUGUGCUUGGCUCGGAUACCCAGACCAGCAGCUUCAGCAGCUCUGCACAGAUGCACUUAAAAACGGUUGGAGCAAGUUUAAGGUGAAAGUUGGAGCCGACUUAGAGGAUGACAAACGCAGGUGCCGCCUCAUCAGACAAAUGAUUGGGCCCAAUAACACUUUGAUGAUUGAUGCCAACCAGAGAUGGGAUGUAGGCGAGGCCAUCAGCUGGGUGUCCAGCCUGGCUGAGUUCAAACCACUUUGGAUUGAGGAGCCCACGUCUCCAGACGACAUUCUUGGUCACGCUGCCAUCUCCAAGGCCUUGGCUCCACUCGGGAUUGGAGUGGCAACAGGGGAACAGUGUCACAACAGGGUGAUGUUUAAGCAGUUCCUCCAGGCCUCUGCGCUACAGUUUGUCCAGAUAGACAGCUGCCGUCUGGGCAGUGUGAACGAAAACCUGGCUGUGCUGCUGAUGGCCCAUAAGUAUCAAGUGCCCGUUUGUCCUCAUGCCGGAGGAGUCGGCCUCUGUGAGCUUGUCCAGCAUCUGAUUCUGUUUGACUACAUCUGCGUGUCUGCAAAUCUUCACAACCGGAUGUGUGAAUAUGUGAACCAUCUCCACGAGCACUUCACAAGUCCUGUGGUGAUUCGGGAUGCACACUACCUGCCCCCCAAGGAUCCAGGCUAUUCUUGUGAGAUGGUGGAGUCAUCAGUGAAAAGACACCAGUACCCCGAAGGAGAAGUAUGGAAGCUGCACAGGACUUAAACCUUUUAUCUAAACUCUCUUACUGGACUUGAUCAAGCUGAAUAGAAACUUAUCACACUAAUCAACUGCAACAAUUGUAAAUAUUUCAAACUGCAGAAAUGUCAGACUUUUGUUUGACCAAUUGGCUCCUGUUGAGUCAGCAACAUUUCAGUACAAGUCAAGCUGAGAUCAGUGUAAAUUCUUUAUUCACAAAUUAGCCUUUAAUUAUAUGUAAAAUGAAGAAACUGAACCAGACAUUUGUUCCAAGCAACUGAAACCUUCCCCCUCUAGUAGAACUUUACACAACAGCAAUUCUAUUACCCAAAACACAGUAAGAGAAGUAAAAACACUUUUUGUAAGAACUUGAUAUGAUUUAAAGUGUUAGCCCACUAAAAAAAAAAAAAUCAUAAAGUUACCCACUUAGCUCUCUUUUAUGAUUCAGAUUAACUCAGUUUUUUAAAACGUGCACAGCCCUUCU